CUUUCUCCUCUCACAAGACCACAAACACCAGGCCAGAAGCAACAUCCAUGGCUGCAGCUCACCAUGAUCAUCAAGCCUCUUCUAGGGUUUCCAUAACCAAGACAGUUUCUGUCCACCCCAAAACCUUGCACCCUCAGAAGCUUCUCGAGCUCUCGAAUUUAGAUAGGCAGUGUCCAACUAUCAUGUACUUGGUUUUCUUCUACAAACCAUCCCCUACCCACCAAAAUUUGUCCACUGAUAUGGUUUUCAGUCGUCUGAAAACUGGUCUAGAAGAGGCCUUGUCGGUUUGGUACCCGGCUGCAGGCAGGCUGAGAGUGAAUUCGGGCGAUGGAAAGCUCAACCUGUCCUGCAACAAUGAUGGGGCAGUUUUAGUUGAAGCAGUAACCCAAGUUACAAUCUCAGAGCUUGGAGAUCUCUCACAGUACAGUGAGUUCUAUGAGGAGUUGGUUUUCAAGCCUGCCGUUAAUGGGAAUAUCUCGGAUAUGCCUCUGGUUGUUGCUCAGGUUACAAGAUUUCGCUGUGGAGGCUACUCGUUGGGUAUCGGCACGAGCCAUUCCUUGUUUGAUGGAGCAGCAGCAUAUGAUUUCUUACAUGCAUGGGCUUCUCAAGCUAAGAUGAAAGGGAGCCAAGCUGUUGAGCUGUAUGAACCAGUGCAUGAAAGGGGACUAUUGCUUGGUAAACAUAGAACCCUAACUGAGACUAGUUAUAUGAGACAGAACUUCAAUCUUGUGACGAGGGUUGCGGCCAUAGAUCAUCUGUAUCAAUUGAUAAAAGAGGCAGCCCACAACCAGAAUAAUCAUAUUGAAAGCCAUGUCUUUACAACUUUCCAUCUAGGUGGUGCAAUGAUAGAAAAGCUGAAGAGGAAAGUCUUUGGAGAGAAAAGAGGAAGCUUUUCUUGUUCAUCCUUUGAGGUGGUUGCAGCUCACCUCUGGAAGGCGAGGACCAAGGCACUGGGAGUAGGCAAAGAGAGAAUGGUGUGCCUGCAAUUCGCAGUCGACACAAGGAACAAGAUGGAUCCGCCAUUGCCUAAGGGCUUCACCGGCAACGCCUAUGUGCUGGCUUCAGUUGCUUCCUCAGCUGGAGAACUAGAAGAACAAAGCCAUGAAAGCAUAGUCGAGAAGAUAAGAGAAGCCAAGAGCUCUGUCACCGCCGGCUACGUCAACGCGUAUAUCAAGGCACUGGAAGGUCCACAAGCCGCUCUUCCGCCAUUAAUGGAGCUAACCAUUGUUUCAGACUGGACCAGGCUGCCAUUCCACAGGGUCGAUUUCCUUGGUGAAGAAGCAGCCUAUGCUUCCCCGCUGGCCCCUCCAAUCCCACAGGUUGCUUACUUGAUGCUCAAUCCUACUGAACCAAAGUCGAAGGCCAUUGACCUCAGAAUCGGCUUACUUCCGACAAUGAAACCUGCUUUCUCACAUUACUUCCUCAAGGACCUCCAAUAAAAUUCACAGUUACAACUGAAGGCUCUGUCAAACGACCCUCAUCCUUUUAGACCCUCCCAUCCUCCAGAUUGCCCUCGUUUUCCAAUAACGUUUUCCAAUAAUAAUAUAAGAUGAUGGUUAGCGCAUUGUUCCAUUGGCUAUAUAAUCCCUUAGUUUAUGAUACUUGUGUACUACAUCGUAGUGGGGUUCACAGUCGUAUUAGGAGUAGUGACACUGACAAUCAGGGCCCCACAUUCAGGUUGUGACAUGAUAGGCCCCUCUUCUAGGCAGAUCCAUAGGUUGGUUUAUGGGAAUGUUGUUAUAUAUAUGGUUCAGAAGCUGGUUUUCAGGUAAUGACAUAUAUAAGAUGGUAAUUAGAACAAUAAACAAACUACAUUCUGUUUCUUGUGAUUAUUAAUCAGCAAAUGGAACAGCAUCUCUCCAUUCUUUAUGGAGAGAGCCUUCCACUGCCCAGACAAGCUGUUGUAAUUUAACUACUUCCCA